UGAAAAAGAUCCAUCAUGGCCUCCAAGAUGGUGGUCCAGCAGCCCAAGCCAUUGGUGGUGGCCGCUGCAUCAGACCAGUGGAGCACCAGCAUCUGCGAAUGCGACAACGUCAAUGAGUGUUGUUUCUCUGUGUGGUGUUUCCCUUGCUUUGCGUGCAUCACAGCCAGAGAUCACGGAGAAUGUCUCUGCCUCCCUCUCCUGGACAGCUGCGGGUGUAUUCCCCCCAUCACUCUCUCCAUGAGGGUUUCCACACGCCGGCGGUACGGUAUCACGGACUCUAUCUGUAAUGACUGCGUGUACUCUUACUUCUGCGGACCGUGCUCGUGGUGUCAGAUCAGACGGGAGAUGAAGGCCAGACUGCAUCCUAUCACUCUGUUCAACAACAGGCCCACCUAGAGACCGCCAGCAUCAUCCUCACCUUCAGUAUCAUUUUCACAGUACAUUCUCUAAAGCACACUUUGUCCUUAUCGGAUCACAUUGUUUCAGUUCAAAAAACAAAAAAACAAAGACGUGCUUGUUCCACGGUUGUAAUCACAGUC